AUGUGCUCGAAUAUAAGGAGAUUAAUUGCCCAUAAAGAGGAACUAGGAACAGGGAAAAUAACAAACGGAAAAGAUGAGUUCAUCUUGGUACUAAAUGCAGCAGGAUAUAUACAUAACAAAGACAACAUCGAAAACUUGAUAAUAAGAAAUAGACCGAUAAUAGCAUGCGUGACCGAAACACAUGUAAAAGAGGAAAUAGAGGAUUUUGAAAUAGAAAUACAAAACUACAAUACCGUACGAUGCGAUAGUUAUAGUAGUAGAACAGGGGGAUUGUUAACAUACAUAAAAAAAGAUAUUAAAUAUAAGGUAAUUACGAUAAAAACUGUGGAAAAAAACGCAUGGAUCUGUACAAUAAAGCUAAUGGGGAAAUACGAAGGAAUAAUAAUCUGUAACGUUUAUCAUUCACCGAGUAAGAGUGAUGGAUUAUUUAUCGACGAAAUUAUAAAAGAAUGUGAUAAAAUAGUGGACAUAGGGCAUAUUAUAGUGACGGGAGAUUUUAACAUUGACGUGAGUAAAGAAAACCAAUACUCAAAGAGGUUAAUAGAUAAACUAAAGUGUAUGGGAAUAAAGCAAUAUGUGAGAGACUACACAAGAAUACAAGGGGAAGCCAAAACAAUAAUAGACCUGGUAUUUUCAAAUUUCAAAGUAGAGACAGAAGUGCACAAAACACCAAAAAUUUCGGAUCACCACAUAAUAAGAAUUAACGUAAGGAAAACUAACAAAACGGAUAAUAAUAUAAUAGAAUUUUAUACAAGAGACUUCACAAAUGUUGAUAAUGAAAAUUUUAAAGAGACGAUAGCGAGAGAAAUUGACAGAAAAUGUAACGAGAUGGAUAGUGUAGAUGAAUUCGCAAAUAAUCUAGUACAAUGUAUAGUAGAAAAUAUAGAUAAGAUAGCACCUAUUGUAAAAAAACGAAAAAAGGCGCAAUGGCAUGAUAAACCGUGGAUAGGGGAAGAAGUCCGUGAGGCUAGUAGAAGGAGAGACGAGGCAUAUAAGAGGGCGACAAGAAUGGAAAAUACAAAAGUGGGAGAAGAAUGGUUAGAGUAUAGAAGGUUGAGAAACGAAGCAGUGGCAACGCUCAGAAGAAGGAGUAAAAAGAAAAACGAAAUACCAAAAGAAAUUAGUUUUAAUGGGGAGAGGGAAAAAGAUGAAGAGAAGAUAGCAAACAAAUUUAAUGAAUUCUUCCUAAAGAGUAUAGAGGAUAUCGUAGGCGGAAAUGAACACGUAAACAUAACUGAAGUAAGGUUGGAAAGACGUGGACAGGAGGAGCCAAAACAUAGCGAAUUCAGAGAAGUUACACGAGAGGAAGUACGUAAGAUAAUACAAAAUAUGAAAGAUAAGAAGGGAACGGAAGAAGGUAUAACGACGAAAAUAAUAAAAAUGGCAUGGAAUAGCAUAGAAGAAGUUACGGUGAAACUAAUUAAUAAAUCCCUCAGGGACGGCGUUUUUCUGAAUAACUGGAAAACGUCAACAAUCAUACCAAUUCCGAAAAUAACCAAAACAAUAAAAGCAGAAGAAUACAGACCGAUAAAUAUGCUACCACUGUACGAAAGCAUAUUAGAAAAAGCAGCGAAAAAUCAGCUGAUUGAGUACAUUGAAAGAUCUGAUAUAUUAACAGAUGAACAAUCGGGUUUCCGGAGAAAUUACUCAUGUGAAACGGCACUACAAAAUACGAUAAUAAUAUGGAGAAAAAGCUUAGAUAGAAGUAAAAUGAUUGGAGUGAUUUUCUUGGAUCUAAAAAGGGCAUUCGAAACUAUAAACAGACGGUUAUUAUUACAGAAGCUAGCAAAUUAUGGGAUAAUGGGAACAACAUGGAAAUGGAUUAAAUCGUACCUAGAAAACCGGACACAACAGGUAAAAUAUGGAAACAAAAUGUCAGAAAAAAGGAAAACUAAGUUCGGAGUGCCACAAGGUUCCGUUCUUGGGCCACUACUGUUUAUAUUAUAUAUAAAUGACCUCGUGAGACAACUUGAAUUCUGUCAAUGCAAAAUGUUUGCGGAUGACACAGUUAUAUUCAUAAGUGGUACAAAUACUGAGGAAAUUGAACAGAAACUGAAUCAUGAUUUAGAAAGGGUGUACUGUAACACGUUAUUAUUAAAUACUAGUGCGGAAUGGAUUGAAAACAUGCAAAAAGUACAAAACAGAGCGAUGCGUGCAAUUCUAAGAUGUGAUCGAUAUACGCGAGUGAGAGACAUGCUAAAUGCAGUUAACUUUUUAACAAUAAGACAAAGACUCAUGUAUAAUGUAUGCCUAUUUGUAUACAAAAUUAUGAGAGGAACAAUGCCGAGAUAUUUAAGAGAACAAAUAAGGAUGGUGGGGGAAACACAUAACUACAAUACGAGACAAAAGAAAAACAUAAACAUUGAGUACCGAAAGACGACUGCCGGACAGAAAUGCGUAACAUAUACUGGUUUUGAGAUGUAUAAUAAACUACCAGCGGAUGUAAAAGAAGCAACAAAUAUAAACGAAUAUAAGAGAAAACUAUUGGAAUACAUAAAAAGAAGGCAGUAA